UCGCGGUUUAGUUUGCCGGCUGAGUCCUUGGGCUCCAGGGUGUGAGUGGCCAGUGGCGCUCGGACUCCCUGAAGACCCGCGGAGGUCCCUGCGCCAUGCCGGGCAUGGUGCUCUUCGGCCGGCGCUGGGCCAUUGCCAGUGACGACUUAGUCUUCCCAGGGUUCUUCGAACUGUUCCUGAGAGUGCUGUGGUGGAUUGGCAUUCUGACUUUGUAUGUCAUGCACAGAGAGAAGUUGGACUGUGCUGGCGGAGUCCUGCUCAACAGUUACUUGAUCGUUCUCAUUGUACUUCUAGCAGUUGUUAUAUGUACUGUGUUAGCCAUCGUGUGUGUCAGCAUGAAAGGAACCAUUUGUAACCCUGGACCACGGAAGUCUAUGUCUAAGCUGCUUUACCUCCGCCUAGCACUCUUUCUGCCAGAGAUGGUCUGGGCAUCUCUGGGGGCCGCCUGGGUAGCAGAUGGUGUUCAAUGUGACAGGAUAGUUGUGAAUGGCAUCAUUGCAACCGUCAUUGUCAGUUGGAUCAUCAUCGCUGCCACUGUUUUCACCAUUAUCAUUGUCUUUGACCCACUGGGGGGGAAAAUGGCUCCCUAUACCUCUGCUGGUCCUGGUCACCUGGAUAGUCACGAAUCAAGCCAGUUACUUAAUGGCCUCAAGACAGCAGCUACAAGCGUGUGGGAAACAAGAAUCAAGUUGUUGUGCUGUUGCGUGGGAAAAGACGAUCACACUCGAAUUGCUUUUUCGAGUACGGCAGAGCUUUUCUCAACCUACUUUUCAGACACAGAUCUGGUGCCCAGUGACAUUGCAGCAGGCCUGGCCCUUCUCCAUCAGCAGCAGGACAACAUCAGCAGCAGCCAGGAACCAGAGGAGGUGAUCAGCCACUCCCCAGGGCAUCCCCAGGAAGCUGACUUGGAUGCAGAAUUAGAAAAUUGCCACCAUUAUAUGCAUUUUGCAGCAGCUGCCUAUGGGUGGCCUCUCUACAUUUAUAGAAACCCAUUUACAGGGCUGUGCAGGAUUGGUGGUGACUGUUGUAGAAGCAGGACCAUGGAAUAUGAGUUGGUAGGAGGUGAUCAGCUCAACUGUCAUUUCGUCUCCAUCCUGCAUACGACAGGCCUGCAGUACAGGGACUUCAUUCACAUAAGCUUUCACGACAAGGUAUAUGAGCUGCCCUUCUUAGUGGCUCUGGAUCACAGGAAGGAGUCUGUGGUGGUUGCUGUGAGAGGGACCAUGUCUCUGCAGGACAUCCUCACUGACCUGUCUGCCGAGAGUGAGAGCCUCCACCUGGACACCGACCUUCAGGACUGUGUGGCGCACAAGGGGAUUUCUCAGGCCGCGAGAUAUGUUUACCGACGACUGGUCAACGAUGGGAUUCUGAGCCAGGCUUUCAGCAUUGCUCCUGAGUACCGGCUGGUUGUGGUAGGGCACAGCCUGGGAGCAGGGGCAGCCGCUCUGCUGGCCAUCAUGCUGCGUAGCUCCUACCCACAGGUCCAGGCCUACACCUUCUCCCCACCCCGGGGGCUCUUAAGCAAAUCUCUGCAUGAGUACUCCAAGGACUUCAUCGUGUCACUUGUCCUAGGAAAGGAUGUGAUUCCCAGGUUAAGUGUGACCAACAUGGAAGAUCUGAAGAAAAGAAUCUUGAGAGUGAUCACCCACUGUAAUAAGCCAAAGUACAAGAUAUUGCUUCAAGGCUGCUGGUAUGAACUGUUCGGAGGAAGCCCUGAUAAUUUUCCCACUGAACUGGACGGAAGCGACCAGGGACAACUGACACAGCCUCUUCUAGGAGAGCAUAGUCUGCUGACACACUGGUCGCCGGCAUAUAGCUUCUCCAGUGACUCCCCACUGGACUCUCCCACCAAGUACCCACCUCUGUACCCUCCUGGCAGGAUCAUCCACCUGGAGGAAGAAGGAGCUUCUGGGAGGUUUGACUGCUGUUCGGCUGCUCAGUACAGGGCAAGGUGGGCACGUGAAGGGGAAUUCAGCAGAAUACUCAUAGGCCCAAAGAUGCUGACUGACCACAUGCCAGACAUCCUAAUGAGAGCCCUGGACAGCGUGGUCGCCGACAGAACAGCCUGUCUCUCUUGUCCAGGGCAAGGGACAUCUAAUGUGGAUGUGGCAUGACCAGGCCUACUGGAAACUGCCCCAGAACAGUGCACACACAUUUGCUCUUGACUAUGUGACUUCCAUGAGGCCAGUACCUGGAUGUCUAUGGACCACAAUCUGACUGGACUUCAAUUGAGUGGGCUUUGAAAUGACUGCAAUAAAUGGGAGCUACUUUUGAUCACAGUAUGAACAGGAUCAGGAACCUAGGAGAGCACCAAGGCAUGAUUCCUUCCCCGCAACGGCCACUUUAGAGCUGCCUCGGAAGAGAAUGAAGUGUCUGAAGACCCUAAAGUGACCUGUAGUCUCCCAUCAGGGUGUGAUGGCAGGUGUGUGGUUUACUUGGGAGACCACACCCCGCUCCUCUGGCUCCCUGGUUACUGUCCAGAUGUUUGAAACCAUGAAGAAUUGAAUACUAAUUCUUGUGCGUCAUUCCGCCUCUGGGGCCUGCCAGUGGGUUGAGUUUUAAAAAAAAAAUAAAGUAUUUCU